AUGGAUCUCUCUUCUCGCUUCCCAUCGAUCCUCAUCUUCUUUCUCUCAAUCUCCGUCGUCUUCGCCGAGAUCCGAAAAUCAGAGAUCCGAUCCGAUGACAGACCAAUCAUCCCCUUGGACGUAUUCGGAUUCACUCACUCCGGCCGGCUCGAGCUCGACGCCUCGAAGAUCUCGCUCUCCAACAACAACCCCGAUCUCGACCUCUCCAAGGUCGGCUUCUUCCUCUGCACCAGAGACGCCUGGGUCCACGUGAUCCAGCAGCUCGAGGAAGAAGAGAUCACCUGCGCUCUCCAAUCGGAUCUGGUCAAGCACGUCUUCACCUUCAACAAACUCGGCAAAAACACCGAAAAAUUCUCCACCGUCUUCACCGAGAACGACGCCGAUCAGUACUCGCUAGUCUUCGCCAACUGUCUCCAGCAGGUGAAAGUCUCCAUGGACGUCAGAUCCGCCAUGUACAACCUCGAAGGCAAAAAAGGCGGCCGGGAUUACCUCUCCGCCGGCAGAACCGUCCUCCCCAAAGUCUACUUCCUCUUCUCCGUCAUCUACUUCUCCCUCGCCGCCACGUGGAUCUACGUCCUCUACAGAAAACGCCUCACCGUCUUCGCGAUUCACUUCUUCAUGCUCGGCGUCGUCAUCCUCAAAGCUCUCAACCUCCUCUGCGAGGCAGAGGACAAAUCCUACAUUAAGAAAACCGGAAACGCUCACGGCUGGGACGUCUUGUUCUACAUCUUCAAUUUCCUAAAGGGUAUCACUCUCUUCACCUUGAUCGUCUUGAUCGGAACCGGUUGGUCCUUCUUGAAGCCUUACUUGCAGGACAAGGAGAAGAAAGUGUUGAUGAUUGUGAUUCCUCUCCAGGUUGUAGCUAACUUUGCUCAGGUUGUGAUUGAUGAGACUGGGCCUUAUGGCCAAGACUGGUUCACAUGGAAACAGAUAUUUCUCCUUGUUGAUGUGGUUUGUUGCUGCGCCGUUCUGUUUCCGAUCGUUUGGUCGAUCAAGAACUUGCGGGAAGCGGCUAAGACCGACGGGAAAGCUGCUGUGAACUUGGUGAAGUUGACUCUCUUUAGGCACUACUACAUUGUGGUUAUCUGUUACAUCUAUUUCACGAGAGUCGUCGUCUAUGCGCUUGAGACCAUUACUUCGUAUAAGUAUAUGUGGACGAGUGUUGUUGCCAGCGAGCUGGCUACGCUUGCGUUUUAUCUGUUUACUGGGUAUAAGUUUAGGCCUGAGGUGCAUAACCCUUACUUUGUUGUUGAUGAUGAGGAAGAAGAAGCUGCAGCUGAGGCGCUCAAGCUUGAAGACGAGUUUGAAUUGUAA